CUUUGCCGACAUGGUGCUCGGCCGCAAAGGCAGUACCGCGGUGGAGGGGCCUGUGCAGUUUCCGGGGGUGGGCAAGUACGCCGUGAUCUUCGACGCCGGGAGCACGGGCACGCGUGUGCACGUCUUCAAGUUUGACAACAAGAUGGACCUCCUUGAGAUCGGCGACGACAUCGAGGUCUUCGCCAAGGUGUCCCCCGGGCUGAGCUCCUUCUCUGGACGGCCGAAGGAGGCUGCAAAGUCCAUGAUACCACUGCUCGACAAGGCAAACAGCGUCGUCCCUUGGUGGCAAAUGAACAGAACUCCCCUUAAACUAGGGGCGACGGCUGGGCUGAGACUCAUCGGAGAUAAGCCAUCAGAGCAGAUCCUUCAAGCGGUGAGGGAUAUCGUCCACACCAAGAGCAAAUUCCAGUACAACCCAAAGUGGAUCAAUGUUCGUGAGGGAUCUCAAGAAGGGUCUUACAUGUGGGUUGCUCUGAACUAUCUGCUGGAUAGAUUGGGAGGAGACUACUCGAAGACCGUUGGCGUGAUAGAUCUUGGUGGCGGUUCGGUCCAAAUGGCGUACGCCGUCUCUCCAAACACCGCAGCGAACGCUCCGGCGACGCCUGAUGGCAAGGACCCUUACAUCACCAAGGAGUACCUCAAGGGAAAAGACUACAACGUCUAUGUGCACAGUUACCUGUACUACCGCAACCUGGCUGCUCGUGUGGAGAUCCUCAAGGCCAAGUCCGGGCCGUUCAGCUCGUGCAUGCUAAGCGGAUCCACCGGCAACUACACCUACAACGGCGAGGUCUAUGAUGCGGCGGCGGCACCGGAAGGGGCACCAAGUGCAGGAAGGAGGUGGCCAAGGCGCUCAAGCUAGACGCGCCGUGCACGAACAAGAACUGCACUUUCGGCGGCGUGUGGGGCGGUGGCGGCGGCGCCGGGCAGGCCACUUUAUAUGCGGCCUCCUUCUUCUACGGCAAGGCCACCCAGGUCGGGUGGGUGAAGAAAGACGCCCCGAGCGCCAAGUCCAGCCCAGGGGCGUUCAGGGCGGCGGCCAAGAAGAUCUGCCCGCUCAGCCUUGAGGAGGCCAAGGCGGCGUAUCCCGGGGUGCGCGAGACGCCCUACAUCUGCAUGGACCUGGUGUACCAGUACACGCUGCUCGUCUACGGCUUCGGGUUGGCGCCGGCGAGGGAGAUCACGUUGGUGGAGAAGGUGAAGCACGGUGAGUACUUCAUGGAGGCCGCCUGGCCGCUCGGCGAGGCCAUCGAGGCCAUCGCGCCCAAGAAGCGCAUCCAAGUUGUAUGAUCGUUGCAUGAUCGCUAGCUUGUACUACGAUCCAAGCAGCGCCGUGGCUCAAUGCUUUAGCUUCCGUACGUAGUCCUUGUCUCGUGUGGAGAAUAAUGAGUGAAGGAAACCACCGCUUAUCUGUAGUAAUGGGAAAACUUUUGACAACACA